GUACUGCUACCUGAUGGAUCCAAAACUAGUAUUUGUGUUCAUUCAGUUGUGAAUGCAGCAGGUCCAUGGGCAGCACAUGUCGCUGAGUUAGCGGAAAUUGGCAGUGAACACUUUCCAGUAGGAUUACCAGUUGAACCAAGAUAUCGUCAAAUCUUUGUAAUACGACCUAAAAGUACACUUAAUUCUCAGGAGAAUAAUCAUUCACUGCCCGGCUUAAAUACACCAUUUAUAAUAGAUCAUAAUCGUUUAUUUAUUGAACGUCGUGAUCUUUCCGGUGAAUUUAUUGUCUAUUCUGAUAAUCCUAAAUUUGAUUCACUUAUGGAAAAAAAACACAACAAUUUGAAUUCUAAUUCACCGGUGGAUUAUGGCUUUUUCUAUGAGCAUAUUGAACCGUUACUGUGUAAGCGUAUACCAGGAUUUAAGGAUGCUGAGGUGAUUUCAGGAUGGACGUCAGUAUGUGAUUAUAAUACAUGGGAUCAAAAUUUAAUUAUUGGUUUUCAUCCAUUUCACUACAAUAUGUAUCUGUGUAACGGUUCCAGUGGCCAUGGGACACAACAUGCAAUUGCUAUUGGUAAAGCAGUCUCUGAAUUAAUUCUAUACGAUCGAUAUAGGACAUUGGAUUUGACACGUUUUUCAUUUGAUCGUUUACAUUUUAAUGAAGUUGUAAAUGAGAGUUAUUGUUUCUGAACAACAAUGACAAAGUCUCUACCUCUCUCUCUUUCUUUCUUUGUAUGGAUUAUAACAAUGAUACAUGGAGAAUGGCAGUGUUUGUCGCUAACUUGUUCUACUCUCUUCAACAAGGAUACAACUUGAUAUUAGUUAUAAAUCUCAGCUUUUUUGAAGUAAAUAUUUUUAGCAGUUUGUGUAAAAAGUAUGCACAAAAAUAAUCCCUGUCAACUUUUCAUUCAACGCCGAAUUAUUUAUUAAACUAUCCGGUUAAAUGUUAACUAGGAUUUAUAAUAAAGUAUCCCGUUUUUA